GACGACAAAAUGAACAAGAUCCUUUUAAAACUGAAACUUUUUAAUCCAAUAGAGACCAUCAAAACUUAUUUUGUUUUUAAGCACAAAGGCCUGGAAGCCCACUAUCUUUUUUCAAAUAUUUCUAAAGAGUUCAAGUUGUAUUAUUUAUUUUACCAAGGUAUCCAUGGAAACCAAAUAUGUUUUUCAAAGCAAUUUUUUCAAAGGGGGACAGAUCUCUUCCAUAUACCCACCAUUGGACACCAAAAAGCAGUGGAUAGUCUUGACCAGCUGUGAGAGACUGACCCAUCUGUUUCAGCUCUCUGGACUGAAAGGAAAACAAAGACAAUGAGAGAAAGUUUAUAUCAGAUCACUACCCUGAUUUCAGUUGGCUGCGGGUUAAGCCUCGGAUUUCUGCUGAAGCUUCGACUUCAUCCAUCUCUACAUCAACUUCACUGGAUCUACACGCCAGGGGAAAUAUUUCUAAACAUCCUUCAGAUAUUUGCUGUCCCCCUCAUUGUGACAAGCGUGAUUGCAGGCGUAACUCAAUUGAACAACCAAAUGUCCAAGAAAGCGGCCAUCUUCACUGGACUCUACAUCUGUGGCACCACCUUUCUUUCCGUAGCUAUUGGUAACUUUGUCAUAGGGAUGACUCUGGUGCUAAUUGCUAAGCCUGGUGAGGGGCAAGACCUUACAUCCAAUGAAAAACUGGAAGUCCCACCCUUCUCCCUUCAUUUGGUCCUUCAGGACCUUUUAAGACUCUCCUUUGACUCACAUAGGAACAUGUUUCCAGAGAGCUUUCUUCAGGCUUUCUAUGAGCAGUACAAGACUGAGCUUAUUCAUGUCAAAAGAGGAGAAUCUGUCCACAUUAGUCAGAAUGACACUGAGAUGCAACUGGCAGGCACUUAUAUUGCUGGACCCAACAUGAUGGGACUGAUCAUCUGGUCUUUUGUCAUCGGCAUCUUGUUAAACAGGGCGGGACACAAGGCCAAAACCACUGUGGAGGCAAUUCAUUGCCUCAACAACGCAAUAAAAAUCAUAUUCCAAUGGAUCCUGUGGUACUUGCCAAUAGGAGUGUUGUUCCUGGUUGUACACCAGGUGCUGGAGAUUAAUGACUGGGCUGGUCUCAUUAAACUUGGAAAGCUCUCAGGGCUGAUUAUUCUGGGGCUUGUAAUCCAGGCCUUUUGUGUUCUUCCUGGGAUUUAUUUCAUAAUCCUCAGAAUGAACCCUUAUGUCAUCUUCCGGAAGGUCUCAAAGGCAUUGACGACAGCAUUUAUCAUCGCGUCCAGCGCCGCCACUCUGCCCAUCACCCUUCAAUGCUGUGAAGAGAAAGUGCAUGUCAAUGGGAGACUCUGCCGCCUCAUGCUGCCCAUUGCCACUACUGUCAACAUGAAUGGGACCGCGGUCUACUUAGUGAUCGCUGCCGUCUUUGUUGCCCAGAUAAAUAACAUCGUGCUGGAUGUCGGCGAGAUAAUCUCCAUUAGCUUGACUGUUUGCAUUGUCAGCUUUGGAACUGCGGCGAUCCCAGUAUCGGGAGCUAUGACCACGCUCCUGGUUCUGACAUCUUCAGGACUUCCUGCAGAGGACGCCUACAUUCUGCUGGUGAUGGAAUGGCUUAUAGACCAUUUCGCCACUACGUUGAAUGUUCUGGGAGACUGCUUUGGUGUGGCUGUCAUCAAUCAUCUGUGCCGCGAUGAGCUGACGGCCUACGAAGAAGAAUAUGUUUGUGCCAUUAGAGAGGCCGAAAAUGACCUACUCUGUUUGGAGCCUGAUGACCAGCACAUUCCCCCUGCAUCCUGCACACCCUCAGGAUCUGUUUCGCCUUAGUGAGGGGAUCGUCUCAGCACCACAUUCACACCAACAAGCUGAAGCCUCAGGACAGGGAUGGCGGCAUCCUGGGGAGUCUGAACUGAUCAUUUCCCUGUUCACUUAUAGUUAUUGCUAGUUAGAUGGUGUCACAUCAGUUCAUUCAGGUGUAUUUAUUUCCCAUUUUAUUUCAGUUUUUGCAACCUUUAAAGGAUCUAUUUAUAUAUUUCUAAUGUAUUAAAUUUUUAAUAAUUAUAAGUAUUGUUAUGCGUUUGUAGAUAAUUAAACUUUACUAUUCUGGAUUUUACUGUUGUUCAUGCUUUUGCAUGUUUGCUAUGUAUUGUUGAGCAUGCCGCUUCUGAUCUGAGGAAACUGUUUGCAAUGCGUCAUUUGAAAAUUCAAUCAAGAUUAGCAAUGAGUUAGUCAGCCGAGAUGAAAAUUUACCGACGCAGUUAAAGAUCCAGCAGCGAACACUCUUCAGAAAGGAAGACAGAAAAUCUGCAAGAGACUCACUUAAUGUGUUGCUGGAUGAGGAGUUAACUGCAAGACGCUUUUGAUUGACACUAAAGCUACAGAAGGAAAAUCAAAGGUUAUUAUGAUAAGCAAUGAACGUAACUGCAGGGUGUGGCCUGUAGUGUUCACAGUGCACCUUG